AUGCAGUGGGAAGCUUUUUGUCCAACACCAGGAACGCAAGCAUCGCAGACUACCAAUGGGAAAGAGCUCCGCAGUCUCCGGAAGAAUAUCGUCGAUAAAUAUGGUCCAACAAAAAAUCUAGUUGAAGUAAAAUCUUUCCUCAGAAAUCUGCGCUAUCAUUUUCUUAUCCCAUUUUCAUUGCUUCACAGCUUUCUAGUGACUAUCAUGGGCUUGUUGAUCCCAUGGAGCGCGACACUUGCAAUGGUUGACAUAUACUCUAUUUUUGUUGGUUGUCAUCUUCGCCUACCUGGUGUCAUGGUGAUUGUGGUUCUAGGAGACUGGUCUUUAUCAAUACUCUCAUUGGCCGCAGCUUGUGCAGCUGCUGGCGUUGUGGAUUUCCUUAUCCAUACAAAUGGCCCUUACUGCCCUCCAAAGUUUUGUGGGCGAUACCAGGUUUCUGCUGCAAUGGCUUUCCUCUCAUGGGUUCUUACUGCUCUGUCUUUCCUCGUCAACCUAUGGCUAAUGGCUUCUUUGUGAGUGAUCUUGUUCUAGUUUUCCGUCAUCUAUUUAUUGAAUUCAUAGAAUAAUUUCUCGGUCUUCAAGCAGAUUUCGAGACUUCGGUUUGUAUAUAAAAUCCACUGUUGAAUUCAAAUUUUGUUUCUUGCGAAAGGGUUUUUUUAACAAUACUGCUACUAAUGAGAUAAGCAAGUCAGCCUUUUAGUAAAUUGGUUAUUGCAGUAGAAACCGAGAGUUUUUAUUCAUUUUAUCCUCUAAAAUGUAGAGAUGAGGUACAGUGCAAAUAAAGAUCAAUAUAUAUAUGUUUGAAAGCUGCCGCAUCAACUCUGAUAUGUUAAAAACCUGGUAAUCAUUCAAUAGUAUUUCUUUGUGGAGUCAGAUGCCAUUUUGUUUGGCGUUGUAAA